AUGGAUCAUUUGUUCACAAACCUGGCGCCCUGUGUGGAUUCAAGUGUCCAAACCCAAGAAGAAGAAGAAGUCAAAGACAAGGACAAGGCCGAUCUCGAAAAGGCCCUGUCGGAUAGCGCAGCCGGCGAGGACAGCUCGUCCGCUCUCGUCACGAAGAAGAGUAGGAAGGGCGACCGAGACAGCGCCGACGACGACAGAGACGACGAGCGCGCCGUACACGUCACCCACAAGACCGAGGCGCAGCGAAAGCUCGACGAAGUCAGGAGGAAGAGGUUCCUCGAAAUGGCGGAGAAUCCAGAGUCGAGGCCAGAGCUCCUCAAGACCCACAAAGAAAGGGUCGAGGAGCUCAACAGCUUCCUUUCCAAGCUCUCCGAGCACAAUGACAUGCCCAAAAUUGGUCCCGGUUAA